AUGAUAUCCUCGGACCAGGGUGACCUUCUACAAGAACAAUUCGUGUCCACCUCCACGUCUAGCGACUUAGAGCUUGAUGAAGCUCCAAACGGACAAAGUGUGUCGGUGAAGCUCCAGGAGACAGAUCAAGCAGGUCAAUACUUGUUAACGGCGGAGGACGCCAAGCUGCUCCAGGAAGUUCUCCAUCACAAAUUACAUCUCGAGAGCACUGGUGGCCUAGAUUCAGAAACACGUCGCUUUCGCUUUCAAGAUUUGGAGUUUACUCGGCAGCUAAGCACCUUUGACCGUCAAAAUCCAAACUUUUAUUCCUCCCAAUUUCAUGGGUUUUUCACCCUUUUUUGGCUUGGGGUGGCUUUGCUGCUGGUCAAGAUCGCUGCCAACAACUGGAGGGUCUACGGCACUCUCUGGGGCAAAAAUGAGAUUAUCCACCUGAUGUUCCGCAAAGAUGUCCUAGUUUUAGGCAUAUCGGACUUUGUUUUAUGUUGGUCGACAAUCCUUUGUCUCGGUCUCCAGCGGGCCGUUCUCCGGGGAUAUCUACGGUGGAGCGUUCUGGGGUGGCUCAUUCAAAAUAUCUGGCAGACGGCAUACCUGGCUAUUGCUGUUUGGUGGACUUAUCAUCGUGACUGGCCAUGGACACAUACUGUUUUCAUGGUCUUACAUUGUUUAACGAUGCUGAUGAAGCAGCAUAGUUAUUCUUCCUUCAAUGGGUACUUAUCUGAGCUGUACAGAAAGCGGGAGUUAUUAACGAUCCGGUUGCGGCGGUUAGACAAGCACAGCGAUGAAAAAAAUCGGUCUCUUUUACAUACCUCUGCGAGAGGCACGGGGGGUGAUCUGGACAUCGCUUGCCCUAAUCAAAUUAAACAUCGGCAACCUAUCGACCAUCAAAGCUCUGUGGAUCACCGAAGCUUUCGGAGAUCCAGUGCUACAGACCAUCUCCUGGCACUCUCGGGGAGAAUUGAGAGCGGGACCCCAUUGGGGAAAGACCAGAUGGAAUCUUUGAGAGCGUUACUUGAACGCGAGAUUGAGCUUUUGUCCGACGGCCUUCGAGGCCAUUCUUCGUCGACGAAUCAUUAUCCUCGGAACUUGACCAUUAGUAAUUUCUGCGACUUCAUCACGCUGCCCACAUUGGUCUAUGAGCUAGAGUAUCCGCGAACAGAGCGCGUGAACUGGGUCUAUGUGGCCGAAAAGACCGCGGCCACCUUUGGUAUCAUUGUGGUCAUGAUUGCCAUCUCGCAAAAUUGGAUAUAUCCGGUCGUCAUGUCGACCUUGCAGAUGAAGGAGAAAGGAUUCACGAUGCAGCAGAGAUUACAGGAGUUUCCGUGGGUUUUAAGCGAAUUAUUAUUUCCUUUUAUGAUGGAGUAUCUCCUGGCAUUCUAUGUGAUCUGGGAAUGUGUGCUCAAUGCAUUAGCAGAGAUCACCCGAUUUGCUGAUCGUGGAUUCUAUGCCGACUGGUGGAACUCGGUCUCAUGGGAUCAGUUUGCCCGUGACUGGAAUCGUCCAGUGCAUAACUUCCUACUGCGCCAUGUCUAUCACAGCUCGAUCAGCACAUUUCACCUCUCUCGUGUGUCAGCCAGCUUGAUGACAUUUCUCCUAUCAGCAUGUGUACAUGAAUUAAUCAUGCUGUGUAUCUUCCGACGUCUCCGAGGCUAUUUGUUAAUUCUGCAAAUGUCACAGCUUCCACUUGUCUCAUUGAGCCGAACCCGCCUGAUGCGAGGUCGAAGGCUUGUGGGCAAUAUCUUCUUCUGGUUGGGGAUCUUUACUGGGCCCAGUCUGUUGUGCAGUUUGUAUCUGAUAAUCUAG